AUAUUUCACACUUGUGCCAAACAAAACGAAAAACCCUCAGUCUAUGUUUCUCGUAUCCAGCCAGUCAGGGGAUCUAGCUGCCUAUUGAAAUGGAAGACAUAGAGGAUCUGCUGGUUGGGAGUGGCGGAGCUCCGGCUGGUUUCCGGUUGCCGAUCACGGCCUCCGUCAGCGUCAAUCCGAAGAAGAAGAAUCAGCAGUCUGAUCUCAACAAUCACUCUUCAAUCCAACCCUCACUCACUGCCUCUCACUCUCCGAAAAUCCCCGGCACUCAGACGAUUUAUAUGAAGACUUUUGGAUGUUCACAUAAUCAAAGUGAUAGUGAAUAUAUGGCGGGUCAGCUUUCUGCAUUUGGUUACGUACUGGGUGACAAUCCCGAGGAGGCAGACCUGUGGCUGAUAAAUACAUGCACGGUAAAGUCCCCAAGUCAGUCUGCCAUGGAAACUCUGAUAUCGAAAUGUAGAAGCGCAAAAAAGCCUUUGGUGGUGGCAGGAUGUGUGCCUCAAGGAAGUCGCAAUUUGAAAGAGCUAGAAGGGGUCAGCAUAGUUGGCGUCCAGCAAAUUGACCGUGUGGUUGAAGUUGUAGAAGAGACUUUGAAAGGUCAUGAGGUGCGGCUUUUGAACCGCAAGACAUUACCCGCACUUGAUCUCCCAAAGGUGAGAAAGAACAAGUUUAUUGAGAUUCUUCCCAUUAAUGUUGGUUGUUUAGGUGCUUGCACUUACUGCAAGACAAAGCAUGCUCGUGGUCAUUUAGGGAGCUAUACUGUUGACAGCCUUGUAGAGCGUGUCAGAACUGUCAUAACUGAUGGAGUGAAGGAGAUUUGGUUGAGCAGCGAAGACACUGGAGCAUAUGGUCGUGACAUUGGUGUUAAUCUUCCAAUUCUAUUGAAGGCUAUUGUUGCAGAGCUUCCCUCAGAUGGAAGCACAAUGCUUCGUAUUGGGAUGACUAAUCCUCCUUAUAUUCUUGAGCACUUAAAAGACAUAGCAGAUGUUCUGUGUCACCCGUGCGUGUACUCAUUUCUUCAUGUACCUGUUCAGUCUGGGAGUGACGCUGUCUUGGCUGCAAUGAAUCGGGAGUACACUGUAGGCGAGUUCAGGACGGUAGUAGAUACAUUGACUGAACUUGUGCCCGGGAUGCAGAUUGCGACUGAUAUAAUUUGUGGCUUCCCUGGUGAAACGGAUGAAGAUUUUGGUCAAACAGUGAGCCUUAUUGAUGAGUACAAGCUUCCUCAAGUUCAUAUAUCACAGUUCUAUCCUCGUCCUGGAACCCCCGCUGCAAGGAUGAAAAAGGUUCCGAGUACUGUAGUGAAGAAACGGAGUCGUGAAUUGACUAAUGUUUUCGAGUCACUUACACCAUACAAUGGCAUGGAAGGCAAAGUAGAGAGAAUAUGGAUCACUGAAAUUGCCACUGAUGGAAUCCACUUGGUGGGUCACACCAAAGGAUAUGUGCAGGUGCUGGUAAUUGGUCCAGAAACCAUACUGGGGACUUCAGCCAUUGUGAAGAUAACAUCAGUUGGAAGGUGGUCAGUGUUUGGGGAAGUGAUCGAGACUCUCAACCAAAUAAAUGGAAAUAUCGCUUCAAGUGAGCGAAAGUCUAAUGGCAACAAAUGUACUCCAUGCUCGAACCUGGAAGAAGCUUGUGCAUGUUCGAGAGAGCCAGAACCUUGUGCUUGUGAAAUGACAAGUUGUGGGGUACAAAACGCAUUGGAGGAAAGUACCAUUUCGCUUCCAAAGAAUGAAAAUCGCAGCCUCAUUAGAUGGUUACUAAGGAAACGGAAGAAUCAAUCACAAAAGAGGAUGGAGAAUGGGAUUGUCUCGGAAAUUAAAGAAAAUCAAGAAUGGAGUAGAGGAAGGAUGCGAGAGUGGACUCUUGUCGAUAGGGCUCUUGUCGGUGGAAUGGUUGUAAGCUUGUUGACAGUUGCAGUUCUAUUAUCAUUUUUUGUAUCUGGUAGUAUGAUGGCUAACUGAGUAUUGCCUGAAUUCUACAUUGCACAAGUGAGAGAUUAUCAAAGAAAGGCUGCCAUGUAUGCAUAUUCAUAUGAGAGAUUUUGGGAUUCAUUGCCUGCCAACUUGUAGCUCGUGGCGGAUUCAUUGUUCUAGGAUUUUUUCCCAAUUAAUUUCUCAACCCUAAUAUUUAUUGUUAAUCGAAUUCUUCUUUUUCAUU